UAAAAAAAAUUGUAUAGUGAGUAGGGAUAGUGGGAUACUAAGUGAUGCACAGAUCGAGGCAGAUUCCUCUGCUACAUUAUUUUGGCUUCGUACACUUAUACAAACUACAAAAAGCGGCGAAAUGAGAGUCAAGUUUUCUGGAAAAUCAAUGAAGAUGGAGGUUUAUGUGUUGGUGUUUAUGGCUUUCAUGCUGUGUUUCUGCGGUGGAUCCUUUGGUGGUUUGAUUUCUCAGCGGGCGCAGCCAUUGAAUCCCGAUGAUAAUUCCAAUCCUAAUACUGUUCCGGCGUUUCCUGUCCAAUCGGAAACGCAGACGUGUCGGCUGGACUUGUCGGACGAGCUUUUUGGCGGCGUGAGCGCCGCCUGCGGGAGAGACCUCGACCGGAGCCGGUGCUGUCCGGUGUUGGCAGCGUGGCUGUUCGCGGCUCACGCGCGCACGGCGCUUCAGAUCUCCGCCGCGGCUCCUCCGUCUGGGUCGGACCUCCCUAUGGUCCCGGACGACAAUCAGAAGUGCGUGAACUCGCUCCAGGGCUCGCUGCAGAGGCGCAACAUUCACCUUCCCCAGCCCAACGCCUCGUGCGACGCCGUUUUGUGCUUCUGCGGCAUCCGGCUCCACCAGAUUACUUCCCUCACCUGCUCCGCCGCGUUCAACCUCACCGCCCCCCGCAACGCCACCCCAACCGCCGCGCUCGCGAAUCUCGAGCGGAAUUGCCGCAACGCUUCGUAUUCCGGAUGUACAAAGUGCCUGGGAGCUCUCCAAAAGCUUAACGGCGGCGCUAAAAACGGAACACACAAAGUUGGAAACGGCGGAGGCGCAGCCUACGACAGCGAUCGCGUCACGAAGAUGUUCAAUCGAGAUUGCCAGUUAAUGGGGCUGACGUGGCUGCUAGCGCGGAACAAGACGGCCUACAUUCCGACGGUUUCGGCCGUACUGCGGGCCAUAAUGUACAGCGCCCACCCGCCGCACGACUCCAAAUGCAGCCCCGACCAGGAGAACAUGCCGUUGGCCGUCAAUUCUUUACAGUUCCAGAAAUCUGAUUCAUCUUCUUCAUCGUCCUCAACUUCUUCUCUACCUAUCUUCUUCCCAACUCUGCCUCUAAUCAUUCUUGCUGUUAAUAUUUUGUUCAUUAAUUAUUAUUAAAAAAAAUCCUCUCCGGCAGAAAUGGGGAUAGGUGACAAUGGUGCCCUCUGCUUUUUUUGUGCAUGCUAUGUGGGUGUGGAGGGGCUAGUUCACAACCGGGAACGUAAUAGGGGUCUUUUUGUCUUUUUGUCCCCCGUGUAAAUCCAGGCUUCCUUUUCUUUGGCUUCAAAAUUGAAAUGUUGCGCGCUACGCAAUACCUCUUCCAAUUUUAUU